AUGACUUGUUCGAAUUGCAUUUCAGGAAGAGAGUUCGUGGAAGAGAGCGGUAAGAAGAGUAGAGAGGGGACCGAGGAAGAGCAGAGUAUGUACACUCAACAAGAACACGAACAAGUGGAAGAGCUGGCGAACAAGUUGUAUCAGAACAAGCAGUACCAAACCCAUGAAGCUGAAAGCCUCCUGGAGCACGUGAGCCGGAUGAACCAUGGAGCCCAGCGACGAAUGGCAUCAAGUACUACUUCUGGAUAUGCGACUUUUGGCAUGUACUCCCAUGGUAAUCAUUACGGCAUGACUAGGAAAACCGACGAACUGCCCCACACGACUCGAUACUUUAACGCGUUCCUGAAGCACCGCUUACCAAAGGGGAGUCAUUGGACCUCGUUUGUGUUGAGUUGUAAUGCGAAACUUCCGAUACACCGAGAUAUUCACAAUGACAGUCAGUACCCCAACCAUUUGAUGGGAAUGGGAACGUAUACUGGGGGAGAGCUUUGGUUGGAAGCUCCCCCCGGAUAUGAGGGUCAAGACAAGCUGCUUCAGGAAUCAAUCGAUGGGCGCACCAUCGUGGGGCGCAAGAUUCCGACGAAAGGACAGCAUGUGGAGUUCUCUCCGCAGGCGCAUUGGAAGUUGGGGAUUUGUGAGCAAGCAGUUCAGGGAGUCAAGGAGGUGAUGGGAAAGCUGUGUGAUGAUGAUCCGAAUUUGAGUAUGGAGGAAGUGCUGGCGUUGGCGGUGAUGACCUUUAAUCAACGUGCCCCAAUUCAACAGUUGUGGGAGGACCCCCAAGGCGAUUUCGAGAGGGCCGCUCAGCUAAGGGCUAAAGCGGUGGGACAGCAGGGUCGUAGACAGCCAGGGGAUAAGCAUGGACGUUUUGUGGGACCAGCACGAAUACUGGCGACAGAGCGGAAGCGAGAGUCAGACGGCAGUCUUGUGCCGGGUGGCUCAGUAUGGCUGGUGCGUGGAAGGAGCUUGAUCAAGUGUUGUCCGGAACAGAUCCGACGAGCGUCGGAACGAGAACAGCUUGUGGAAACCCUGGUCUCCCCAGAGCAGCGGACGCCGUGGAGUUUUACGCGUGUUGCUUCAGAGAUUGGGGGCAACCAGUAUCAAGAUGUAUCUUCCGACAAGCCAACAAACCGGGAGUGGCUUCGAGCACAGGACCCCGGGGAGGAACAGCAGCCAUCUAGACACCGCAUUCGUGGAAAACGACCCGCUCCCGAAGGAGUGGACAUGGGCGAGGAAGAAGAUGAGGACACGGUCACGCCCGCGACCAGCUCGCGCAGCCCGCGAGCACAAAGGCAGAAAGGCAGCGGUUUUCAAGCGGCUCAAGCUUGGUGGACGGAAGUACCCGAGCGACUCUGGGAACCCACUUCAUCAGCUUAUUGGGCAAGUGAUACAGCCGCUGUGGCCGUGGAGGUUGACCUACCCCACAACACACGUGGGUUGGAGAAGACACUUCACAAUCUGCCAGCUUUCUUUGUGGGAGCUAUGAAGCGUCGAGCGGUAGAAGUCUGCGAGCGUAAGCUGACGGAAGAAGACAAGGAGAAGUUCCGCGCGGCUAAGACCAUUGAGGUUCGCAAUUUCAUCGCGGCCAAGGCGUUCGAGACGCUACCGGAAGAGAUGAAGCCCAGCCGAGACCAGGCAAUUAACAUGCGAUGGAUCUUGACGUGGAAGGCGACAGAUGAUGGAGGCCGUAAGGCCAAGGCGCGAGCGGUUUUACUUGGCUAUCAGGACCCGAAGUACGAACAUCGUGCCACAACGGCACCUGUUAUGACGCGACAGACGAGACAGAUGCAAUUGCAAUUGACAACCAUCCACGGGUGGACAGUGCAAAAGGGAGACGUGUCUGGCGCAUUCUUGCAGGGAAGAGAGUAUCCGGAUCAGCUGUUUUGCGUGCCGUGCAAAGAAAUCUGCGAAGCGAUGGGCAUUCCAGAGAAUACCAUUACCCGCUUGAAGCGAGCCUGUUACGGGCUAGUGGACGCACCACUGGAGUGGUAUCGUACAGUGGACGCCUAUCUCCAAGAGUUGGGACUGGAGCGUACCUACUCCGAUGCAUGUGCCUGGGUGUGGCGGCCUCAAGGAAGGCUGCGCGGCAUGAUUUCAGGGCACGUAGAUGAUUUCCUGUUCAGCGGCGGCUCCCAGGACAAAGAGUGGCAAGACAUCUUGGAAAAGAUCAAACAGCGGUUUCAGUGGGGAGACUGGGAUACGGACAAAUUUGUUCAGUGCGGCGUGCAAGUGGAACGUACUUCAGAAGGUUUUCUCCUAAGCCAACCAAGGUACCUGGAAGGAAUACAGGAAAUCCCCAUCUCAUCCAGUAGGAGAAAGGAGAAGGACACCGCGACGACGGAACGGGAGCGAACGCAACUGCGUGCGCUACUGGGCGGCCUGUCGUGGCACGCCCAACAGGUGGCACCUCACCUAUCCGCUGAGGUGAGCUUGCUACUUUCGGAAGUGCCAGAAAGCACCGUGGAGACGAUAGUCAAGGCGAAUCUUCUCGCCUAUCAUGCCAAGGGCCGGAAAGAUCACCAGAUGAUAAUACAUCAAUUCAGUCCUGAAGAACCUUUGGCACUCUUCGGUUGGGUCGAUGCGGCGAGCCAGAACCGUAGAGAUGGAGGGUCGACGCAAGGGAUCUUUAUAGGACUAGGACCGGCAAGUAUGUUGACUGGUGACUUAGGCAAGGUCACACCUGUGGCGUGGCACUCAAACCGCAUUGAUCGGGCAUGCCGAUCCCCAGGCGCAGCGGAAGCACAGGCUGCCAUAAACGGCGAGGACGCAUUAUAUUUCGCCCGCUACCAGUGGAGUGAACUUGUUCAUGGUAGACCUGAGGUUCGUGAUCCGGAUGCGACAGUUGCUAAGGUGACUGGAUGCCUGGUUACCGACUCGCGGAAUGUGUAUGAUAAACUAGAGACUGAGGUGCUUGUCAUCAAGGGCGCAGAGAAGAGAACGAAUAUCGAGCUCCUCUCAUUGAAGGAGGCCCAGCGACAUCAUGGCCUUCUUAUGCGAUGGGUACACUCCGAGGCUCAGUUAGCUAAUGCGCUUACAAAGCACAACAGCAAAGAGAUGGAGCUGUACUACCGAACUCGCCACAUGUGGCGAAUCGUAGAGGACCCUGAGAGAAUGUCGGCUCGCAGACGCAAGCAAGCUGGCAUCGAACCACUUAGUUCGGGAAUGGAAAAAUCAGGUUGA